AAUGGCAUUACUCCAUUUCAACAGAUGUUGGCUUCCUGCUCAGGGGCUCUCCUGACGUCAUUGUUUGUCACACCUCUGGAUGUUGUCAAGAUCAGACUCCAGGCUCAGAAAAGUCCUUUUCCCAAAGGGAAAUGCUUUGUGUACUYCAAUGGCCUGAUGGACCAUACCUGUGUGUGUACGAACGGCAACUCCAAGGCCUGGUACAAGGCCCCCGGCCACUUCAACGGCACUCUGGAUGCCUUUAUUAAGAUAGUCCGCAGGGAAGGUAUCAAGUCGUUAUGGAGCGGCCUCCCUCCAACCCUUAUCKUGGCGGUCCCGGCGACGGUGAUCUACUUCACGUGUUACGACCAACUGCGUGCUGCKCUGAGGGUCAGGAUGGGAUCACACGCUGAYGAGGCGCRUCUACUAGCAGGCGCCCUCYCCAGAGGUGAGCUGACCUCUGACCUUACAGMUCACUGUGGUGAUGUAUACUUGAGAGCGAUAAAUAGUGAUAGAGUGAUUAACAUUGUUUUGUCUAUCCACUAUCUCCUAGGUUUCCUUCCCAGGGUGAUCAAGGUGGUCCCAGCCUGUGCCAUUAUGAUCAGCUGUUAUGAGUUUGGGAAAGCCUUCUUCCGCAAGCACAACCAGGAGAGGCUGCUGACCAGCAACACCUGACCUGACUAGGCCCUCUCACACACACAAACCACAACCAUAGACAAUACCAAGAACACAAUCAGCCAUCGCCAACAGUAGGUAUUGGCUACCUCUACCUUUCCCUGGGUCCUUAGAGAUUUUCAGGUGUAACUUUGCAUGCCUGUGUCCUCCCAGCUGCUUAGACACCCCAACACCCCUCACUGUUAUAAAGUGUUCAAGUGUGAUAUGUCAUGUGACUAGCUGGAAGUAGCUAAUGCUGGCGUUUAGGACCUAAGAACGCCAGGACUUGAUUCUGUUCCAAAGCAGGAAAUACUGGCAGACAUGAAAACAAAUAUUUGUAGGUAAUCAAUAUUAUUCAUAUUUUAUCUUAUAUUUCUCAAUCAAGGUAUACUGCACUWAAUCACCAUACUAAUUGUGACAAGAGAAAAUAGUAAAAGUGCACAGAUUGUAUUUGAAAUAUAUAGUUUUUUUUGCCAAAUCAUGAAGGUAUUAUCAUUUUCAUAACUACUUAAAAAUUAUUUAUUGUGCACCCAUGGUAAAAUAUCAUGUUAUGAAGUGCAUUUAAUUACACUGGCCUGUAGGUGGUAUCAGAGACUUGUUUGUAACCUGAAACUGGGGGGGUCAUUGGACAAGUGUUUUAUCCCAUWACGUUAGUUAUUGAGGUAUGGGGGUUGUGUGCACUGUGCCAUCUGGGGUCUGACAGUAAUAAUAAUCAUUUGAUGGAUGCGUAUAUUUGUCCUGUUUCACACAUGUACACYUGUGUAUUAUACCCAUGUCUGAAAUGCAUAUCCCGACUCCUCCUGAGACACCCUCGGAGAGUGGAGUCAGGGACAGUAGAGACGAGUGUCAAAGCUGUGGAUGAGGCGGGAUAACUUCUGGUUAGUAGUCUCUGUCCCACAGAACCCCCUCUCAUUCCCUGCUGCAUUUUCUCUCAAUUCAUGACCCUAACGCUAUCACCUCAUUCUCAACCCUAUUGGAAGAGAAGGCCCAAGGUCCUUCAGGAUACAUGUUCUGUUCAGUGCCAGACUGACAGUUUAAACCUGAAAUGCACCUCUUCCAGAAUCCCAUAUUCAAUCCCCAGUCAGCCAGACAUGGACUGUGAACUGUGACAACCUGUACAUGUUCUCAAAACAUGUAGCAAUGAUAUAUAUUUUUUAUUGUUUAAUAUAUUCAAUGAUCACCUGCAGUGACACGUUUUCCAACUUUGUACAGAAAUACAUAGAAUAAAAGUCACAUUUUGACAUUUGAAUUGUUGAAUCAAUUGUUUUUAUUAGAUCAGCAAAGAUUUGUGAUUUGGUUCAAUCCAGUAGUUUCUGUUAACAUAUAAUAAUUCAAUUCAUAAUUGAAUCCUGUCGAACAAAUCUAAAUCACGGAGGUAGUGGUGCCUUCCGUUGCGUCAGCGUACCACAACAACUGAUCAAGUMAAAAGGAAGAAGGGCUAACAUGGGGAGGUAUAAUGUGCUGUUCCACUGUUACAGAGGCUUUCCCUGGUAAGAUCCUAGCAGCGUAGAGAUUYCUGCCAAUAUUGAUGUAUGGAAACAAUCUCUCUGUAAAAGUGUGUGUGUAUGUGUGUUAUUAUCAAGGUCGUAAAAGGACAGUGUAUCUCUGUCCCAGUCCAGCUGCACUCUGAUCCGAUGGGGUUUAWUUUCCAGUGUCAGGACAGUCUGUGGCCCUUUUGGACAACGUGCCCAGUAUUUAUCAUUAUAAUAGCCUACACGCCAGAGUCCAGUCUGUACCACUCCCUUCCUCUGGACAGACUUAUAGACUACACCUACAAACRARACUGUAUUGUSCCRGACGUCUGUGUCCCAACUGUGUGUCCCAGAGUCAAAGCCCUCAGAGCCCAGGARCAUUCGAUAGUUAUCAAACCUCUCUGGGUUGUCAGGAAGCAGKCGMAUCCCAUCACUGAAUGUCAUACUGGUCAYAUCGUCAGACAGGAUGAGACAUGGAUGGGCAGUGUUGGGGUCCAGAAUCACAGGCGCUGAACAGAGAAAAAYAGAGACAUGUUUAAAACCAGAGAUCCACUGUUUGUUUUAAUUUACUGGGGCAUUAUUGCCAGAUGAUCAGUGAUAUUUUAUCUGAAAUUGUCUGAAUGCAAUUUAAAAAUGUUUGUGAAGAUAUGAACAUUGGUAAGAAUAAAAUCAGACUCACUGUA